AUGAUUGCCUCCUGGAAAGCCUCAUUUUUAAUCAGUUGCAGAGUGAAAGUGCUGGAGUGCUCCGCCAAAGAUGAUCAAAACGUGACUGACCUAUUCAAAACGUUGCUGUCUCUUCCGCGAUUUCUGCCCGUCGGCAGCAAUAAUGACGGCACAAGUGGACUAAAGCGACGCUCUUUGGCAUAUGUUAGCGCAUCGUCAAGUGGAAUAAAGAACCGCAACGCCAGUCCAUCCGUUUCCGCUGAUAAAAAGGCCAGCUUGAUCAAAGCUAUUGAGCCGGCCACCAGUAGCGGUGAUGCUAAGCUAAAGCCCAGAUCUAGGUCACUCAUACGCCGUGCAUCACGCAAACCCAAACAGCAAAUAAACAAUGUGACCGAUGACUGUAAUUUGCAAUAAGGUAAUAGAGGAAGGAAUUGGGAGAGGUUGAUUUCACGAAAAUUGUUGGAGAGGCACACGCAAAUAUGUGUAGUAAACAAAAACCAAAGCACAACAACAUCCGCAAGCCACAAUAAGCACCGAAAGCAAAAAGCAGCGGAAACUGGACGUUACAGUUUUGUAUUUAUGCAUGUGUUAGUGUGCAACCAGUUUUCAAGUAGUAUAUGUAUACACUCAUCGCUGCAACCUUAAUCAACAUGGCAGCAGCUGGCACAGGUAUAUAGUAGCUAGUGGCAAUUUCUUCCAUUUUUCAAGGUGUAGAUCGGUUUUUCACCAGCUCCCAUUCAGAGUUGUUUGGUGUUAGCCUUCUUCAGCGCUAAAGGUGAAACAACACAACAACUGCGCAGCGGCUUACGUCUGCGAGCCGUGUUGGAUGGACCGAGUAUCACAGCCGAUUACACGGGUUUUCUGCAGAAGAAUUUCUAUUAAGUUUCGAAUGCAGCAAAAGAAGUCCCGAGGUUUCGGUUGGCCGUUUUGCCGGAUCUACACAUACUUAUGAGUUAUCAGAAAAAUUCAAUGAACUUGCUGGAUCGAGUUUCCAAUCCAAAGCGGUGCUAAACAAAUUUGCCGAGUCGUCUAAUGUUAUACAAACAUUUCAUACGUUGAUUGAUAACAAAGGUAAAAUCAUGAAUUUACUACAACAGAAUGCUGUCAUUGCCGAGACAAUAUUAGUCAAUGCAACUUACUUUAAAGCUUUAUGGCUGAAUCCCUUCACUGGAUUCUAAACUUCGAAUGAUGAGUGCCCAAUGAGCGACAGACCAACUUCGCCGGUACCUAUGAUGAAUAAUGGCGCUGGGCAUCUGAAGUAUGGCGAAUUAACCGAUUAAAAUCGAAAGCUAUUGAGUAGCCCUAAACUAACUAAGAUUUUUCUACGUUAGUGCUUUCAUCCAAUAAAGUCGAGGAGCUGGCGGCGUGAAAUUGAAGCAACCUCUGUAGAAACUUAGUUGGGGGCGCAUGACAUUAAACAUACAGAUUUGAAUAAUAUUAUGAAAUUACAGUUGGGUAUGGUAAAUAUCUUCAGUGAGUCAACGGAUUUUAGCAGGUGGCAAUCCCAAAGCAAAAGCAAAGCAAAUCCUUUAUGUGAAUCAUGGCAUAACUUGGAUCAGAAACUGUUCAAACCCUCAUCUGUUUGUAUUUGCGAUACGAAAUAGAGAGGCCAUCUACUAUUUAGGACAUGUACAGAGGUGAUAAAACUCUUGCAGAUUUUGAGAAUAUUUCGAAUGUUUUUGUUUAUUUUAAUUAACAGAAAGAUAUGUUAAUUUAUAGAUUAUCUUAUAUUGCGCCCAAAAGGUUUCAUGUAUUCAAAUGGCCUAGAAAUAUUAAUUC